AUGGACGAGGACUUGAAAUCCGUCGCCGGCCGCUCAGAACGCUCAGAGGGGGCAAACACUGCUUCGACAGCUCUGUGUCAAAACUCCGCCGCCGGGACGGUGGUAGACGGACAAGUCUUCUUGAAGGUGCGCAGCUGCAUCGCUUGCGGUCGCAAGAACUGCGACCUAAACGAAAUCAGGGCAGGCUUGUUGUCGAAAAGCCGCUUCACAGUGUGGCAUAGAGGCACCCCAGAGGAUCCUCAGUCCAAGCACGACAGGGUUUGCCAGCUCACGUACCAGCACGGCGCCUUCGGAGACGAAUCCAUCGAAGAGUUUGUCAACAAUCGGAUGAAAAGAGAUCCGCAGCUGCAGGCCGAGUUCAUAGCAGCUCGAGGUGCCAUGCUGGAGCUGCUCAACGAAGGCAAAGCGCGGUUCAGGGGCAAGACAAUGGACUCCGCCAAGCAGCGCCUGGAGCUUGCCAGAAAGAAGUCUGUGGAGGAGUUCAAGGAGGCUUCGACUGAGGUGGUGACGGGCUACGUGUGCUGGGACCGGGCGCUCUUCGAGAAGGAGCACCCAGGCCUCAUAGAAAAGAAGGGCUUGAAGGUGGCGAAAAAGGUCAUAGACGGAAAAAAACGGGAGGUCGUGAUGAUCAGGAAAAACCGCGAGGGCAUCUGGGACGUGAACGUCACCGAGAAGACAGGUGUUCGACAAAUGGAAGAAAUCGACAACGGCGAGCACGAGAUCCAUGAGGGUCAGCACAGCUUGAAGUUUUCCUCCUCAAAGAAGCGCCUGCACAACGCACUUGCCGAGAAAGCGAACGAGUCAAGCGUGCUUGCGGCUGACAGCCAGGAAGACCUGAAGGACAAAGCGCUGCCGAGGCUGGCUGAGUCUUCGGACGAGGACGGCGACUACGGGGUGAGGAGCACUUUGCUGGACGAGGGCGAUAGUCCGCCAAGGAAAACCCAGCGGCCGAACCCAAGCAGCGGCAGUGGUGCCAACUUGCCUGCGCCCAAAAACAAAGCCAGAGGCGGACAGCAAGCGCAGAAUCCGAUUCCUGCUGGCAGCAAGUUUCCCGAUUCUGCUGUCAGCAAGCAUCUGUCAAGUGAGAGGCGGGAGUCUCGAGAGCAACCUCCAGGACCUACAGACAACAAAGCGGAGACAGCCGGCCGAGGCCGGCCGAACAAGUUUAACAACAAGACGCCGGUGGAAGUCCUGGAGUCCAGCGGCCUGGUGGAGGUGAAGACUUGCCGGCAGAGCGUGCAACUUGCCUCAGGGAAGACUAGCGAGUACCAGAGGAAGGCCACCGCGCUGGAAGCCAAAGUGAAAAAAUGGCAAAACCGGCCAUCUGAAACUGAUGAUCUGGCAGGAAGGCAGAAGGAGCUUGCGAGCAUGCUUCACGCAGCGGCAACAGUGUUUCAGCUGUCAGCUAAGAGAUCGCCCAACACAGACAAGAUGGAGCAGAUCCUGACAACUUUGAGACAUGAGGGCUUGGAGGCAGGACUUAAGAUUCGCGAAGUGCCCAUGGCCUGGUGUGACUUGCUGCUCCAAGAGAAGCUCGCGGAAUGCUUGCGCUUCAAGAAGUUGGACGAGUUUGCGCACACGUGCCAGCCAGGGAAAGGUCCUUUCGAGGGAGUUGCAGACGAGCGAGCUGACGUGAUGCAAGCCUGCAUUCACAAGUGCCUUGGCCAAAUUUUGUGCGACCUUGUUCCGGAUCCGGCUGUCAGCCAGAAGAAGAACAAGAAGGGAGCAGCAACUGCGAAAGAAAGGAACGCUCAAAUCCAGACAAUGCUGGAUCUGGCCUUGCGUUUGGUGGAGGAAAACGCACUGCCGGAGGAGAUGUUGCGAGACUUGGACAUCCUAGCCGAUGCACUUGAUGAGAAAAGAGCGGACCAUGCUACUGUGCACAACCGGCUGUCAGCCUGGAAGCAGGACGACGAGUACUUUGGUGUUUUGCGGCCAGUGGUCAGAAAUGAGCACUGGUCUGCGCUCGUCCAGCAGUUUUCCGCCCCAGCCUCCGCCGCCUCGACCUCUGCCUGCCUCCGUUCUGCUUUCAACAAGGUGAACGGGAACACGUCGCCAGUGUCAGAACAGGACAGAGGUGAACUUGUGGGCGCACUCCAGGGCUCGGCUGAGCAACCGGCCGAUUAUGACUAUCUGAAUAGCGUGUUGUGCGGUCUGCAGCUGUUGGCAGAAGAAGCAAACAAGCAGCAAAAGGACUUUGUUCUGCGCGUUUGCAAAGACAUUUGCGGCCGUGGUGUGUCUGCUUCAGAUUUUCAUGGGGAUGAGGAUUUGAUGGAGCAGAUGUUCGCGAAAGGUCACUGGGAAGUUUCGGUUGUGAAGAACGCAAUUUCAGAGAGUGCAGCAGAGCAGCAACACAAGAACACGGUGCUGCAAACCUGCGAGAAGCUUGCGGCAGCGAGCAGCAAAGUUUGCCUGUGGCAUGGGUUGCUGAACGCCAUACUGACUUUGGCCAAGACGGCGCAGGAGCAUGCGGACAAUGGGUUGGAUGCAAACGUCCAAGACGAUUUGGUGCAGUGCUGGAGUGAGGUGAAACACCGACUGCAGACAGACCCGGAGAUAGCCGCAGCAGCUCAGCCCGUCAAGGAGGCCUUGGAGAACUUGCUGAACGCCACGAAGACUGAGCAAGUGGGACCUCAGGUCUACGAAGGCGCCAUGACGGAGCUCCGGCUGUCAGCCAUGGAACUGCUGAGGCUUGCCAAAGAGCGCCGCAAGCCAGAAGUGCAGGAAGCUGCUAGCAACUUGCGAAAACUCGAGCAUCGCUGCAUGCAGUGCUGCUCGCUGUCAGACACGCCGGUCUUCGCUAGGUCUUGCGUCAGCCUUGUCACCACCGAGUUCGCCGGUGUGUGUGAGGUGUUGCCUUCCGCUGCCAGCGAGCAAAUACCGGAUGAUAUUUUGAACAGCUCGGUUAUGCAGCACUUGCGAGCCGCCAAUGACAAGGAGACCAACAAGCAGAAGCUGGUGCAUGUGCUGCACUCUAGCGGCUGCGAGCAGUUCUUGGAGCAAGCGUCCAAGCUACUGGAAAGGCUCGAGCCACUUUUCACAGCUAAGAAGGUGUCACUUGAAAAGCUCCUCGUGGAGGCUGCUGCCAGUGCAAAAGCCAAGCUGGUUAAUCCCCACAUGGGCAUGGAUGAGUUCUUGCAGUCCGCAGCCUCUGGUGAAGCUCUCAAGAAAGCCUUGAAGCAACUGCGUGCAGCGGAAAGGGACAUGCAAGGCCACGGCAUGCUACAGGACGGCUCUGAGCUGCAGCGCGACGUCUCUGAAGUCAAGGCGUCUUGCCGUUUGCAGAUCAUCAAAUGGGGAAUCGUGACUUUGGUCGCCAAUGCCGACAUCGUGGCGGACAACAGCAAGGGGAAGGGCCUCAGGAAAACUUUGCGGGACGUCUGGAACAGUCAUUGUGAUGAUGGUGAUGUCAAGAGUGUCCUGGGGCAGGCGGUAGUGGACUUGGUAGAGCAGUCGUUGGCGACACCAGAGAAGACCGAGGACCCCGGCGCCGUUGCGCCCAAGAAGCGUGGUAAAAAAAAGUAG